AUGGUUAGGUCGUCAGAAUGGGAGGGGAGCGUCACCGAAUCAAUCAACACCAUCUACCUCCUCUUCUCGGCAUACCUCGUCUUCGUCAUGCAGCUCGGUUUCGCCAUGCUGUGCGCGGGGUCUGUCCGCGCUAAGAAUGCCAUGAACAUCAUGCUUACCAACGUUGUCGAUGCCGUCGUGGGUACCCUCUCUUACUACCUCUUCGGGUUCGCCUUUGCCUUCGGUUCGGGCACUCAUAGCAAUCCCUUCAUCGGUACGGGCUUCUUCGCCCUCAGCGGUAUCCCCAAUGACAGCUACGACUACAGCUAUUUUCUAUACCAGUGGGCAUUCGCCAUAGCCGUCGCCGGUAUCACCAGCGGCUCCAUCGCGGAGCGCACCCAGUUCGGCGCCUACCUUGUCUACUCCUUCCUGCUCACCGGGUUCGUCUAUCCCGUGGUCGCCCACUGGCUUUGGUCGUCAGCCGGCUGGCUCAACCCCAAUCACAGCCAGCCGCUCUUCGGUUCAGGAGCCAUCGACUUCGCAGGCAGCGGGGUGGUACAUCUCGUCGGCGGCGUGGCCGGCCUAUGGGGGGCUGUAGUGGAGGGCCCCCGGAUUGGCCGUUUCGACGCGUUCGGCAAGGGGAUGCCGAUGCGGGGCCACAACGCGACGUUGGUGGUUCUCGGGACUUUCCUACUCUGGUUCGGAUGGUUCGGAUUCAAUCCCGGUUCGUUCAACCGGAUACUAGUGGCUUACCCAGACGCUCCGUCCCAAGGGAACUGGACCGGAGCCGGCCGGACGGCCGUGACAACCGCCCUCGCUGGGUCAACGGCAGGACUAGUCACUUUGUUCGGAAAGCGGGCGAUCGCGGGGCACUGGGAUGCCCUUGACGUCUGUAACGGGUUACUCGGCGGGUUUGUCGCCAUCACCUCCGGAUGCGCCGUAGUGGAGCCGUGGGCCGCAGUCAUCUGCGGAUUUGUGGCGGCAUGGGUGCUGAUGGGGCUUAACGUCGCGGCGCUGUGGCUGGGAUACGACGAUCCGCUGGAGGCGGCGCAGCUGCACGGGGGUUGCGGCGUGUGGGGGCUGUUGUUUACGGGGCUGUUCGCCGAAGAGGAGCUGGUGGUGCAGGCGUAUGAAUCUGGGGAGAUCGGCGUUAGGCGACCGUUCGGCCUGCUUAUGGGUGGAGGUUGGAGCUUGAUGGGGGCACAGGCCACGGAGGUAGCAUCCGUCGUGGCAUGGGUUAGUAUUACCAUGGGGCCGCUGUUCUACGUACUUCAUCGUCUGCGACUGCUAAGGACGUCGGUGGAAGAGGAGUUGGCGGGCCUCGACAUCUCUAGUCAUGGCGGCUACGCCUACGAAGACCACGAAGAGGGCAGCCACCACAGGGGGCAGUACGCGCCACACUUCUCCGGAGACUAUACGAGGUUGCAGGAGGGGUAG